UCAUGUUGACUUUUACUUAUGUUAUUAUUCUCAAAUCUCAAGCCAUCACCAUCUCAAUCUAUCACUUAUUGACUUUCUGCAACCCUCACCUUUAAGUACACUAGUGUCUCUCUGAAACUCAAAGUGUGCUCGAAAUUCAAUGGAGAAUCUGCCUUCUGGCUACCGUCCCAACGUUGGUGUCUGUCUCAUCAACUCUGAUAAUCAGGUCUUCGUUGCUUCUAGAUUGAAUGUUCCAGGAGCAUGGCAGAUGCCUCAGGGAGGAAUUGAAGAUGGUGAGGAGCCAGUAUCUGCUGCAAUUAGGGAAUUGCGUGAAGAAACUGGGAUAGUAUCAGCUGAAGUUAUUGCGGAGGUGCCAAAUUGGCUUACAUAUGAUUUUCCACCCGCCGUUAAAGCCAAAGUAAAUCGUCUAUGGGGAGGAGGUGAAUGGCAUGGACAGGCACAGAAGUGGUUCCUUAUGAGAUUUACAAAAGAUGAGAGCGAGAUCAACUUGGCCAAUGGUGAGGUAGAUCCGGAAUUUGCAGAGUGGAAAUGGGCAAACCCCGAAGACGUGAUUGAACAGGCAGUGGAUUACAAGAGGCCAACCUAUGAGGAAGUUAUGAGAACUUUCAGGUCUUACUUGAGUGUAAACGGAACACCAGCUAAAUGCCGAUCAACAAAAUGGUAAAUAGUCUUUUCUGGAUAUGAAUUUGUAACGAUGUCCUGAUUCCAUCAGUAAGUUUCAAAUUCAGAAACUACUUGUUUGUAAAUGGAUUUGUCCAAUAUAUCACUCUAAUAUCAUAUCACUCUUUAAGUAUUUC